AUGAAAUUGAAUCCACCAAUUGGUUUCAUUCAUCACCAUGGCACAUUCCCAAAAUUUUUGGAGCAACAUUUAAAACCAGACGAAGAAACGGGAGAAUCGAUGCUCUGCCCACCGCAGUGGUUUCGACCGAUCUCAGAAAACCUCCGGCCGCCAAAAAAUCUAUUCAAAGUAGGCCAGAAGGUGGAGGCCAUUGAUCAAAGAAGUUUUAAUGGUAAAACUUCACCUGCUACCAUUGUGGAUGCUACAAAGACCCAAAUACAAAUUCACUUUGAUGGCUGGAAUAAUGGGUAUGACAUCAAGGAGCCAUACACCACGCGAUAUGUUCUGCCAGUAGGAUGGUCACAAGCAAAUGGAGUCGAAAUUUGCCCGCCGAAAUCUGGAGGAAAGAGUGAGUUCUCAUAAAA